GUGAUGGUUUCAAAAGGAGGCUGUAAACUUUGACAGAGCAGAAGGCCAAGAAGUCAAAUUCCUGAGUGGAAUAGCUUUCAGGAAACUUGAUGGAUAAAGACUGCCCUCUCUUGGCUGUUGGAGAGUUUGCUACCAUGUCUGCAUCUCAGCUGAAAAUGCAGUGCAAUUCUGCAUGUGGACUCUGGAGCAAGUCUCACUGAGUUCAUUAGGGCUUAUUUCUUAGCAAACGUGGCUAAGAUUGCAAUAUUAAUGGUAUUGCAUUAAAAUAAAUCAUAAAUCCUUGUGCUGGAAAACCAGGUAAGAGAAAGGAGGAGUAAAUUCAUGUUACUUUAUGAAUUCACAUAAGCACUACAGCUUUCCCCAUUCCUUUGAUUUCAGUGAUGGAUGAUGUAUGCCCUUGACUUUUUUUAUUUGAACUUGAUAGUUCUUGAUGGUGACUCGAUUUGGCUGUGCUGUAAUCUAUCUUUUUAUUGUUGUUUCUUUUAUAUUAACACUUAACUUUUCUUUCUCUGUUAAAGAAUUUUAUCAUUGGCCAUUGCCAAUAAAAGAGGAAAUGCCAAAAAAAAAGUGAGCAAAAGAAGACAAAGAUUCCCAUAAAGUUAUCAUAGGCUAUAGAUACGAUUUUUUUUUUUUUUUGGGAGGAGGGAGGAUCUCCUUUAAAUAUGGAGUAAGAUGUCAAUGCAUUAAAUUCAGAUGGAUAUCAGAGAAAGGCCACCAUCUGGGACUGUGGGCAUAUCCACAAUCCGAAAAAUGGCUGGCUUGGGAGCCUUGGGAGCCAAAUAAUCUGUCCCAAACAUAGAACAUAAAAACAGAGUGAGUCAGAAGGGAUCUCCUGGGCCAUCUAGUCUGACCCCCGGCUCCAGCUGGCUGAGUAUAAUGCAGAAGUGGUAUCUGGUCCUCCACACACACAACAACUCCUAUUAUCCCUAUUUUUACUACCAUUGUGGUUAUUUCAGAUGUCAGUAAGAAAAUGUAUUAAUUGGAGGGGAGAAAUAGUGGGGGACCUCGGGCACCUCGGUGGGUACCAGGAAGGUUGUCCAUGGUGUCCACUGGCACCAUGUUGCUUACUCCUGGAGCAGACUAACUGAAAUCUGUCAGAUGUGAGUUAGUGAAGACUGACAGCUCAUAUUGAGAGUAAUGGAUAUGCUUUAAGUAUGGCUAUGUUUUCAUGUUUUAUAAACCUGGAGAGAAUUCUGUACGUGUUAGCCAUGAAUUAUGCCAUUGGCUGAUUUCUCCGCCUUGCCUUCCUCUCAGAGACACAUUCCUGCUUCAGAAUCCCCUGCAAGAGAUGCUCUUCCACCUGGUUGUGAUGCUGCUCCAGAUGGGCAGUGGCUGUGGGGGCCUCCCUUUCUACAAUGGCUUCUACUACGACCGGGUCAUGAAUGACAAAGGAGAUGGCAACAGAGGAGUUCAGUUCAAUGGAGUAAAAUUGAUGGUAGAGACAUCCUCUGACACCAUUUUCGCCCACCGUGGGGCCAACGUCACCCUGCCCUGCCACUACCACUUCGCACCCCAGCUGAACAGCCCGCACCAGAUCCGUGUCAAGUGGUCCAAGCUGCAGCAGGACAACACGAAAGAUCGCGAUGUACUGGCUGCUGCUGGGCCAACGCAACGCAGCUUCGGCGAGUUUCGGGGGCGUGCACAGCUGCAGCAGGCUUCUCCGCAUGAAGUGUCUCUGGUGAUUGAUGACCUGCGCUUGCAAGAUGCCGGCAAGUACCGCUGUGAGGUCAUUGAUGGGCUGGAGGAUGAGAGUGGGACUGUGGAUCUGGAGCUGCAAGGGGUGGUUUUUCCUUACCAGCCUCACCAGGGGCGCUACAUGCUCAAUUUCCAUGAAGCCAAGAAGACCUGUGAGGAGCAGGAUGCUGUGAUAGCCUCCUUUGACCAGCUCUUUGCAUCCUGGAUGGAGGGCCUUGACUGGUGUAAUGCAGGCUGGCUGGUGGAUGGCACAGUCCAGUACCCCAUCACUUUGCCACGAGAACCCUGCGGUGGGAAGAACAUGGCCCCCGGCAUCAGAAGCUAUGGAGAGCGUCACAAGAAACUCAAUCGCUUUGAUGUCUUCUGUUUCUCAUCGGCUCUAAAAGGAAUUGUUUACUAUCUGACUCAUCAAGAGAAAUUCACUUUAGAAGAGGCCAAACAAGCUUGCCAGGAUGACCAAGCUGAGAUUGCCAAGGUGGGCCAGCUCUAUUCGGCAUGGAAGUUCCUACGUUUGGACCGUUGUGAUGCCGGCUGGUUGGCUGAUGGGAGUGUGCGCUACCCCAUUGUAUCUCCACGGCCCAACUGUGGCCCCCCAGAACCAGGCAUCAGGAAUUUUGGCUUUCCUAAAGCAGGGAAAUUUGGGGUCUACUGUUACAAGAUGAGCUAAAGGAAGAGCUGGAGCAGGCUGGGAAGGCGCUGUGCCCCAGUGAACACAUCCUUCUCUUGCCACCUAGAGUUUAUUAUUUAAAGGCCAGUACCUGGAGGCAAACUGAAUGGUGUGUUUUAUUUUUACGUCUUUUUUGUUUUUACAUUUUGUAAUGAAAGGGAAAUUCUGUAUAGUCAAAUGCACUUGCAUUUGAGUUGCCUUGGUGCUGAUUCCAAGAUCUUCAAGCUUCAUUGCCCACCUGAUCCAGUACUAGGAAAUAUCUGAGAGGAGCGUGUGUGCAGUCCAGGCAGAGCUGGUCUGACGAUCUGGUCCCUGUGCCUUCUGGAGUAGAUUUACAUGGAUGUCUGUCAGUGAGAUUGGGCAGCCAGCCGACCCAGAGCAAGGUUGAUGCUAUAGAUGCUGGAGCUCACCAAAGGACUUACCAGAGCAGUGUGUUCUUCCCAGCCAUUGGUACCCUAAAAUGCCGUCAUCCUAACAGGGCAUCUCUGCACUCUCUGGUGGACCCCACAUUUAUUAAUUAAAGAGCAAACUGGAUAUUUUCAAGGCUCAGGGUCUUACUGUGGUAGAAGCUACAGUAAUAGAUAUUACUUUGCUUUUUUAAAAUUAUCGCUGACAAGGCUUACUUGUCUCCCAGUUGAUUGAUGAGAAGCUCAGAGCCAACAGGGAUGUUGCAGAAGCUACUGGAUAGCAAUUCUGUUGCCCUUAAAAGUGCACAUAACUUUCUCCAGUUCUGCAGACCAUCAAGAUGAAUUGGACGAAAGCCAAUUCUUCCUCUUGCCUUCGUGCAUGUGACAUUUUUCUGCAACAUGAUGCCUUCCAGAUAUUUAGGAGUACACCCUCCAUAAUUCUGGACAAUCGGCUGUGCUCCUUGGGCCUGAUGUGAACUGCAGUGCAAAAUAUCUGGAAGGUACCCCCUUGGGAACUGUUGACCUACAGCAUAGUGUCAUCAACUUCCCUUCCAUCCGUUUUUUUUUUUUUUUAAUAAUGUGAAGAAUAAAUAUAAGAAAAAUAGCAUAUGUACCUUUUUCAAAAAUUAGUUUAUAAGAGUAAGAUGAGCUGAAGGAGGAGGACAAGAGGAAAGGUUCCCUCACUUGCCAGUCAGACAAUCAGCUUAUUGGCAGGGGUAGGUCAUUCCGUCUUCCAUCCAUGUCACAUGUAGCGUGUUCUUACCCAUAAUUCCAUUCUGUUCUAUUUCCUUGUUAACGUUGACUUUAGACAGUCUUCUCAAGAUAGUUUAGUUUGCAUUUUCUUUGAAAACAUGCACUGCAAGCAGGGGUGGUAUGCUUCAUUCCCCAUCUGCAUUUGGGGCCCCUAUUGCCCCAAUACCCCACUGAAUUUCUUACUUUUAAAGAAAAGUCUCAUUCCUGAAAGCCUUCACAUUUGGUGGCAAAUUCAGCAACACAGUGGGAUUUCUGGUAAAGGCAUGAUUUGUGCUGGAUUCAAAAGGGCUGAACCAAGAAAAGAUGCCCAGCCCUGAUAUAAAUGCAUAGUUUGAUAUAUUUGGACAGGAAGGAACUAUAUCUUGACAUUCCAAGAAGUAUCACAUUUGGUGGGUGGUGAAGUUUGGACCUGCAUGUGCAUUGGGGAGAUUCUAAUCUAUUGUGUUUAAGGGGUGCUUGAGGAAUUUAUUUUUGUAAAUUUCAGUAUGAAUUUAUCUGAUCUAUGUGAAUGUGUAUAUUGGAUCCUUGUUACCAGCUUUUAUUCUUCCCAGGCACAGCUAAUAAUAUCAAAGUACACUGAAAAAUCCACAUUUUGGAAGAAAUAGUUAUAGAAGUAUGAAUUUUGAGAAAAAUACAUUUAAAACUUAAAAAAAAUAAAAAUGGAUAUGUAAGUGUAAAUUUAGAUGUUGAUUUUUAUGUGAAUUAAACAACCAGUCAGUUGCAGAUUAAUGUAACAGCUAUCCAGAAUGGAGGAAUGAGUGAACAUGGAUGAAACCAAAUAAAACUGGAAAUGGA